ACCUAUAUUUUUUAGAUUCAGAGAUAUUUUCUUUUUUUUCGUAUAAAGCCGAAUAGAGUGAGAUUAAAAACACUUGAAGUUAGUUACAUUUGCUUGUAUAUAUGUUUUGAUGAACAUUGAACAGUUACUUUCUUUUGGUUGCUUGCUUUAGUACAAGUGUGUACUAACCUACAAUACGAGAAUUUUAAUUGUUACUAAGAAAUCAUGAAAAAUAAGGAUCAAAUUUUAUUUUGGCACUUUUAGGAACAUUCCCACGAUAUUAAGCAAAACUAAGAUUCAAGCGUUACUGUAUUAACAUUUCAGACUAAGAUCAGUCAGACUAAGAUUCAAUCGUUAAAAUAUCUGAGUUCCAUUGGUUUUAUAAAAUCUGUGAUUAACCAUACCUCUAAUUUUCAUUUACGAAAUUAAAUAAUACACUAUGAUUUGUUAUUAAAUACGUGACAAGUUUUAAAGUGAGGUUAAAUAUAAUGUUUUAAUACAAAUAAAUAAAAGUUCGAUACUAUGUCAUUAUACGAUGAUUUUGAUAAACAUCGAACGUCUGAAAAGGUGGCUGGCUGGUCAUCCAGCAUUAAGCUAUUGCAAUCUCAAUUACAAUUGAAAAAAGCUGCUACCACACAGCCAAAACGUGAACAAUAUAGGAAAGCCACUGCAGUAUUAGCACCUGUGAUAGAUUUAAAAUCAAAAGCAAAUCGAAAUGCAGAUAGAGAUGAGGAAGGACCACAUAGUAAUCCACUCUCUUCUGGUACAGUUAGCAGUAUCGGAGUAGGUGGUGAAUUUGAUUGGAAUGUAAUAAAUGAGUAUGAUCCUAUGUGGCCUAAUGAAUACGAUAAAGUUGUUAAAGAAUUACGAGAUUUACGGGAUAGGGAACACGAUCAAGAAACUGAAAUGCGUAAACGAAGACGAGAUAGUUCACGGUUUGAAGAUGCACAGGUUUCCUCUGCAAAUAAUACAAUGAUUCCCCCUGAAAGGGACGAGGAAAGGACUCCAACAUCAAGAGGUAUUGCUGGUGGAGCAGCUAUAGCACCACCACCCUCUCUACAGGAAUCAUCUGAUCUUCCACCUCCAACUCCAAGACAAUCUACUAACAUGGGCUAUGCAACAUCAUCUGUAGCAGCAAAAAUAAUGGCCAAAUAUGGUUUCAAAGAAGGUCAGGGGCUUGGUAAAAAAGAACAAGGAAUGUCUGUUGCUUUACAAGUAGAGAAAACUAGCAAACGAGGUGGUAGAAUUGUAGGAGAAAGAGAACAACUCAUGCCACCACCUCCACCUAUUGCUGUAUCACCACCUCCAUCGCAACUAACUUCUUUAGCACAGCAAACUGAAGAGCCUAGCAUUACAGAAAUAAUGAAAUCUCCAAGCAAGGUUGUACUGUUACGUAAUAUGGUUGGACCUGGAGAAGUAGAUGAAGAUCUUGAACCUGAAGUUAAAGAUGAAUGUAACACAAAAUAUGGUGAUGUUGCACGAGUUAUUAUUCACGAAGUAACAGAAGCUGCUGCAGAGGAAGCUGUUAGAAUCUUUGUGGAAUUCAAAAGAAUAGAAAGUGCUAUUAAGGCUGUUGUUGAUUUGAAUGGACGAUUCUUUGGUGGAAGACAAGUUAAAGCAGAAAUGUAAGAACAGUGAACACAUUAAGAAACAUUUCAAUUUAUAUGGAUUAAAAAAGAAUAAAACAUAAUAUAGCUUGAUCUUUUUUUUAUAUGUAUCAUAUAAUUAAUGAUCUUGUGUGUGUAAAAUAAAGAUAAAGACA